GAAUACUGUGGUUAUGCAAGUGACGUUACUAGAACUUGGCCUGUUAAUGGAAAAUUUACAGAACCUCAAAAAGAGUUAUAUGAAGCAGUUUUGAACCUUUGUACAGAAGCCGAAGAUAUCUCAUUGAAUGAAAUACAUGAAAUUUCUGUUGAGUUCAUGAAAGAAGAAUUAUCAAAUAUUGGGUUUGACCUUUCUGAAGGGGAUGUUGAUCGCGUUUUAUACCCUCAUCAUGUCGGUCACUAUCUUGGACUAGAUGUUCACGAUACUCAUUAUAUUGAUCGUUCACGAAGAUUGUUGCGUGGAAUGGUUAUAACUAUUGAGCCUGGUAUAUAUAUUCCACCUAAUGAUGCAUAUCCCCAAAAAUACCACGGUAUAGGGAUACGUAUUGAAGAUAAUGUUGUAGUUGGAACUACAGAUCCUAUUGUAUUAAGUUCAACGACACCCAAAGAGAUCGUUGAUAUUGAAUAUUGUAUGGCUAAUUCAUGA